AUGAAUAAAUAAUAAUCAAUCGGAUAAUAUAUUUUUGGUAUUCAUUUUCAACUAAUAAUUAAGGUAAAACAUUAGGAGAAGGUACUUUUGGAAAAGUUAAGUUGGCAACUCAUCAAACUACUUAAGAAAAAGUGGCAAUAAAGAUUUUAGAAAAGAGUAAAAUUAUUGAUGCCUCAGAUAUUGAGAGAGUGACAAGAGAAAUUCAAAUUUUAAAAUAAAUCAGACAUCCUAAUUUAGUUUAAUUAUAUGAAGUACUAUGCAAUUAUACUAAGAUAAUAGAAACUUAGAAAUAACUUUUUCUAGUUAUGGAAUAUAUCAAUGGUGGAGAACUUUUUGAUCAUAUUGUAUAGAAUUAAAGACUAAGAGAUGCUGAAGCUGCUAAACUAUUCGCUUAAUUAAUUUAAGGAAUAGAGUAUAUGCAUAAAUUGAAGAUAGUUCAUAGAGAUUUGAAACCUGAGAAUCUAAUGUUAGAGAAUAAAUUAAGAGUCAAAAUUAUUGAUUUUGGACUCUCUAAUUUAUAUACAAAUGAUGAGUUAUUAAAAACAGCAUGUGGAUCACCUUGUUAUGCAGCACCUGAAAUGAUAGCUGGUAAAAAAUACAAUGGUUUAACCUCUGAUAUUUGGAGUGCUGGCGUUAUCUUAUUUGCCAUGUUAGCUGGACAUUUACCAUUUGAAGAAGCGAAUACAAAUUUAUUGUAUAAGAAAAUAUUGGCAGGUGAAUAUAAAUGUCCAAAUACAGUUUCAUUACCUGCCAAGAAUUUAAUUGCUGGUAUUUUAUAAACUGAUCCUCUAAAAAGAUACACAAUUACAGAUAUUAGAAGACAUCCUUGGAUGACUAAUAAUUACAAGGCUCCAUUAUAAAUUGGAGUUAUUGUUGGACUUCAUAAAAUACCAUUAGAUUUUGAUAUACUUAAGUAAUUAGUUAAGAUGGGUUAUGCAUAAGAUUACAUUGAAAAAUGUGUGGAAGGCAAUAGACAUAAUUAAGUGACAACAAUUUAUUAUUUAUUAUUAAAGAAACAUAUUAUGAAUGGAGGAAAAUCUUUUGCUGGUAAUUAUUUUACUCUUUACAAUACUAGAUAUUGGAUCUGAUAUAUUUACUCCUAUUCCACUUCCACCUAAACAUGCUUCUACUUCUGAUUAUGGCACUAAAUAGAUUAAUAAACCUUUACCAGUUAUUAGACCAAAGCUUCAAGAUGAAUCUCCUAUAAAUCUCAGAAGUCGUUAUAAUAAUAAUUCUCUGCAUUCUCAAUAAACUACGACUUUAAAUUAAUCACCAAAAAUCCAUUCUGUAGAUUCUAAAAGACCAUAACUUGACAAUUUUAAAUUAGAUUUGAAUUAAACAGUAAGAGAUCCAAAUUAUGGAAAAAUUAUCACUCCAUCAGUUAGACCUAGAGGAAUUAGUGAUUAUUAAUGUAGAUUUGGAACAAAUGGACAUGAAUCUACAAGAUAGAAGUCUGUAGAUUAUGGCCAAAAUAAUUAAAUAAAUAUACCCUAUUAUAAUGAUACUAGAAUGAAAACAUUUUACAAGGUCAAGUGA